AUGCGCAAGCCGUUCCUCCAACUCGCCCUCGCAAAGGCAAAGGACUUGCCCCCAAAACCCUUCCAGACCACACUCACCGCAACAAGCUCAUGGCCAUUCACAAUCGAUCGCCCUGCAUCCACCACUCGCCCAACCAGGAUAGCAGUCCUCGACUCGUCAUUCAACCCUCCAACUAAGGCACACUAUCAGCUCCUCAAGGCUGCCGCUCGAGUCGGGUGUGAUGCUGUGUUGCUGUUGCUUGCGACCAACAACGUCGACAAGGGCCAGACAGGUGCAGGAGCUGUUGAGCGACUGGAGAUGAUGGAGGCUAUGGCUAUGGACUCCAUUCGCAAUGAGAAAGAGGACCCUACUCUUCGUCAUACGGCCGUUGGACUCACUAUACAUGCGAGAUUUAUGGACAAGGCACAACCGAUCUUGGACAACUACCCACCCAACACUGUCCAGCUCUCAUGGAUUAUGGGUCACGACACCAUGACUCGACUCUUUGACCCCAAGUACUACAAUGAUGUCCAUGCGGACAUGGCCCCAUUCUUCGAACAAUGCGAUGUGAUUUGCUCGUCCAGGCCCGGGUACGGUACCCGAGAUGAGAUGAUGAAGUUUGUGGAGGCGAGUGGGCACAGCAAGAAGGUCACCCUGGUCGAUAUCCCUGAUGACGAUGAUGAAGAAGAACAGAAGGUUGGCGCUCUAGCCAUCGAAGGCGAAAUUGGCAGUGGAGGAGGAGGAGGAGGAGGAAGAGCUGAGACCACUACGACGAAGACGAGUGCACGUGGCAUUCAGGUCAAAGAGAUGUCGUCGACGGUGGUGAGGAAUGCGAUCAAGAGUCAGGACUGGACCCUGGUCGACCGGUGCGUCCUUCCCUCGGUCCGGGAGCUUAUCGAGAAGAAUGGACUCUACAUCGAGUGA